CCUUCGUUUUCUCCUUCAACGCCCCCCCACCCCCAACCUCUCUAAAUAUGAAAAAGAGCCCUCAAAGUCGGAAAUUGGAGGCAAACCCAGAAGAGCACACAUUUACAUUGCCUUUCCCUUUCUAUUUAUUUAUCUAAAAAGAUAAAAAAAAGAUUCAAAUAAGGAAUUAGGAACAGCGAAGUCCCUAGCACUCCCAAGCUUUUAUGCUAUUAUUUUUCCAGGUUUUUUUCUUUUCUCGAUCUAAAAGACCUUUUAAUUUUUCUGGGUAAAAUAUGCAGUUAGAAAACAAAUUUGUGGAUUUGUUUAAUUUGCAUAUUAUGGGGUUAUUAUGUAAUGUUUGCAAAGCUUAAGAUACUUUAAAUUGGAAGGGGACUAAGAGCAAGGAGGUUCUUGGUCCCCAACGCAAAUAAGUUUAUGAGUUGAAGAGGAAGAGAAUGAGCCUCAAACUUAAUUCCCCGUUUCUCGGGACACCACCUGGUAGUUGUUUAAAUGGUAGAAGAAGCAAUGGAGAUUGUAUCGUUUUUGAUAGAGGGAAGCUCUUUAGAAGAGCAAUACGUAAGCGUGUAUCCGCCGAGAAGCAGAAUGAUUGGAUCACGCGAGCAAUCAGGUUUUCCCAUUUUUGUGGGAAAAACAUUGAGUUGUUUAGGAAAACUAUAAGGUUGAGAAAUGGGUUUGUCGCCAACGGUUUUAAGGAGCCUUUUGCUGGGAGUAAGGCUCUAGUGAGUUCCUUGUCUCCAUCGUGGAAAGAGGGGUUACUGUUGGUUAGAUGCUCAGUUUUGGCUGCUGUUAUGUCUGGUGUUUGUUUAUUGGUUUGGUAUGGACAGAAGAAAGCUAAAAGUUUUGUGGAAGCUAAGCUUUUGCCUUCAGUUUGUUCUGUGCUUAGUGAAUAUAUUCAACGCGAGAUUGAUGUUGGUAAGGUUAGGGGAGUUUCUCCAUUAAGUAUCACGUUGGAAGCUUGCUCUAUUGGGCCUCACAGUGAAGAGUUUUCUUGUGGUGAGGUUCCCAGUAUGAAAAUUCGUGUUCGGCCUUUUGCAAGUUUGAGGAGAGGCAAGAUUGUAAUAGAUGCAGUGUUGUCACAUCCAAGUGUGUUGAUUGCUCAAAAGAAGGAUUUUACUUGGCUGGGGAUACCCAUUUCUGAAGAUAGUCUAAAAAAACAUUUAUCUACAGAGGAAGGGAUUGAUUAUCGUACUAAAAGCAGGAGGAUUGCCAGAGAGGAAGCUGCCGCUCGCUGGGAUAGAGAGAGGGAUUAUGAUGCUAGGAAAGCAGCAGAGAUGGGAUACAUUGUUUCUGAGAGGAGUUCAGAUCAAUCAAAAGAUGACACAGUUAAAGAGAUUGGGCCUUCAGCCAAAAUUACAAGCUUAAAGUCAUUUUCAUGCAUGGAUGAGAAGAUGCAUUGGAGGGAUCAUCAUUGUGUGGACACCAGUGUUGAUUAUGACACAAAUCAUGCAGAAUUGGAGAAAUCAUUUGGUGUAAAGAUCCCAGGUUUGGGGCUUAUAUUGUGGCCAAAAGUUAUAAAAGGGCCUAAAAGGAGCCAACUUAAGAAAAAGUUUAAUAGGAGUGAUACUUCUUCUGCUGGUGUUGCUGCCAAGAGACGUAUCCUUGAACGUAGUGCAUCCGCAGCGCUUGCAUAUUUCCUGGGUUUAUCCCUAAAGGAUUCUGGUGAUUAUUCAGAGGCAUCUGGAAGUUAUGAUUUAUCAAUUCUUAAUACCCUCUUGGUGAAAAAUGGGGAUGAUUCUGGUGCUGGAACUUCUGUUGACAUUAGUACUGCUCAGGGAAGUUUUCUCAGUUAUAAUCUGUACGGAGAACAAUGUGAAAAGACAGAAAACCGAUGUACUAACAAUAAUGUCACUUUUGGAAAUCUCAAUUUCUUACGUGAUCCAUUUCUUAUGACCGUUGAAAGACUUAGUGAAUUUACAAAAGUUUGCGAAAAUUUUCCAUAUGAUGGAGAUACUGCUGGAGAUGCUAAAACCAUGGGUUCUAAAGUAGGUGGUGGGGAUUUAUUUUAUAAUGUUGUAAAUAGGAAUAUGGAUGAGAAUGCAUCCGAGAGUGAAAGGAGUCAUGCAUCUCCUUCUACUUCCAUUAAGUCUGACCCCACUCCUUUACCAUACCAUUCGGUGACAUUUUGGCCAUUAGGCUUGAAUUUUAGAUUGCCAUUGUUUCCUGAUAACAUGAGGAAACAGGUUUUUAAUUUUGUAUAUGGAUCCUUUCAAAAGCUUAAAUUUGUUGUGGCUCCAAAGAUUGAAGAUAUUAUUGCAGAGCUUGUUGAUGGGGUAGAUGUGAUGCAAACUGAGGGCAUUGGGAGGACGCUUCCAGUUACUGUGGAUUCUGUCCAUUUCAAUGGUGGAACAUUGAUGCUGCUAGCAUAUGGUGACAGAGAGCCCAGAGAGAUGGAGAAUGUCAAUGGAUAUGUGAAGUUCCAAAAUCAUUAUGGUUACGUUCACGUACAACUCAGCGGUAACUGUAAAACUUGGAGAUCAGAUUUGGCAUCCGAAGACGGUGGUUGGUUGUCUACCGAUGUUUUUGUUAAUAUUUUAGAUCAGAAAUGGCAUGCAAAUUUAAAUAUUUCCAACCUGUUUGUUCCGCUCUUUGAAAGAAUUUUAGAAAUUCCAAUCACAUGGCUCAAAGGAAGAGCCACGGGUGAGGUUCACUUGUGCAUGUCAGGAGGGGAUACAUUUCCUAGUCUUCAUGGACAGCUUGAUGUGACAGGGUUGGCCUUUCAAAUAUAUGACGCUCCAUCAUGCUUUUCUGACAUUUCGGCAAGUUUAUGUUUCAGGGGUCAGCGAAUAUUCCUGCAUAAUACAAGUGGCUGUUUUGGAAGUGUUCCUUUAGAAGCUUCUGGAGAUUUUGGCAUCCAUCCCGAUGAAGGAGAGUUCCAUCUGAUGUGUCAGGUUCCAUGCGUGGAAGUAAAUGCUCUGAUGAAAACUUUCAAAAUGAAGCCUUUGUUGUUUCCGUUGGCUGGUUCUGUGACGGCUGUGUUCAACUGUCAAGGUCCACUUACUGCUCCUAUUUUUGUGGGGAGUGGAAUGGUGUCUAGAAAGAUAUCUUACUCUGUUUUUGAUGUCCCUUCAUCCUCUGCGUCUGAAGCAAUGUUGAAAAACAAGGAGGCUGGCGCAGUGGCAGCAUUUGACCGUAUUCCACUAUCAUAUCUGUCUGCUAAUUUUACCUUUAACACUGAUAACUGUGUUGCUGACUUGUAUGGCAUUAGAGCGAGUCUUGUGGAUGGUGGGGAGAUUCGAGGGGCAGGAAAUGCAUGGAUUUGUCCAGAGGGUGAGGAAGAUGAUACAGCAGUGGAUGUAAAUUUCUCAGGAAAUUUGUCUGUCGAUAAGAUUAUGCUACGAUACAUGCCAGGUCAUGUUCAUCUUAUGCCACUCAAAUUAGGAGAUUUAAGUGGAGAGACAAAACUUUCUGGAUCACUUUUGAAACCGAGGUUCGAUAUCAAGUGGACUGCACCAAAAGCUGAAGGGUCAUUAAGUGAUGCUCGGGGAGAUAUAAUGAUUUCACCUGACUGUAUUACUGUUAAUUCUUCGUCUGUUGCUUUUGAUUUGUUCACAAAAGUUCAAACUUCGUACCCUGAGGAAUACUGGCUGAACAGAAAAAAGUUCAGUGAGAAGAUUUCUGUGCCAUUUAUUGUUGAAGGAGUGGAGCUGGACUUGCGUAUGCGUGGUUUUGAGUUUUUCAAUCUGGUCUCUUCUUAUACUUUUGAUACUCCAAGGCCUACACAUUUGAAAGCAACUGGAAAAAUAAAAUUUCACGGGAAGGUUGUGAAGCCUUCUAUUAGCAGUGAGCAAGAUUUUUGCCCUGACGGGCAGCCUGAGAAAAUGAUGGAUAACAGAAGCAAACAGAGUCUUGUUGGUGAUUUGUCAGUCUCGGGUCUCAGACUGAAUCAGUUAAUGCUGGCACCUCAGUUGGUUGGGCAGUUGAGCAUAUCUCGAGACUCUAUCAAGUUAGAUGCCACAGGUAGGCCGGAUGAAAGUCUUGCAGUUGAGGUUGUGCAGCCUCUACAAUCUGGCUCUGAGGAGAACUUGCAAAAUGGAAAAUUAUUCUCUUUUUCUCUUCAAAAGGGGCAACUGAAAGCUAAUAUUUGUUUACGCCCGCUGCAUUCUGCUACCUUGAAGAUACGCCACUUGCCACUUGAUGAACUGGAGCUUGCUUCACUUCGUGGAACAAUACAGCGGGCAGAAAUACAGCUUAAUUUCCUGAAAAGAAGAGGUCAUGGUAUUUUAUCUGUGCUUCGGCCUAAAUUCAGUGGUCUGCUUGGUGAAGCCCUAGAUGUGGCUGCUAGAUGGAGCGGUGAUGUUAUCACACUUGAAAAAACUGUUCUAGAACAAAUUAGCAGCCGUUAUGAGCUUCAAGGUGAAUAUGUGUUGCCUGGCAGCCGUGAUAGAAAUCUUUCUGAAAAGGGAAGGGGUGGUUUGCUUGAAAGAGCAAUGACUGGCCACCUUGGUAGUGUCAUAUCAUCUAUGGGAAGGUGGAGGAUGAGACUUGAAGUUCCUCAAGCUGAGGUUGCUGAGAUGCUUCCACUUGCAAGACUCUUGUCUCGAAGUACAGAUCCUGCUGUUCGGUUUAGAUCAAAGGAUUUUUUUGUUCAAAGUUUGCAGUCAGCGGGAUUGUAUGCUGAGAGUCUUCAAGACUUACUUGAGGUCAUUCAUGGUCAUUAUACUGCAUCAGAUGAUGUUGUUCUUGAAGACCUAAGUCUCCCGGGUUUAGCAGAACUUAAGGGUCGAUGGCAUGGUUCUCUUGAUGCAAGUGGUGGAGGCAACGGAGACACAAUGGCAGAAUUUGACUUUCAUGGAGAGGAUUGGGAGUGGGGAAGCUAUAACACCCAACAUGUUGUGGCUGUGGGUGCAUACAGUAACGAUGAUGGUUUUCGACUUGAGAAAAUUUUUAUCCAGAAGGAUGAUGCAACAAUCCAUGCUGAUGGGACUUUGUUGGGGCCAAAAACCAAUCUCCAUUUUGCCGUUCUGAAUUUUCCAGUUAGUCUAGUUCCUACUCUAGUGCAGAUUAUUGAAUCAUCUGCCACUGAAGCUAUUCAUUCCUUGCGACAAUUGCUGGCUCGAAUUAAAGGUAUAUUAUAUAUGGAAGGCGACCUCAGAGGAAGUCUUGCAAAACCAGAAUGCGAUGUGCAAAUCAGGCUCCUGGAUGGUACUGUUGGAGGCACUGAUCUUGGGCGAGCUGAAGUUGUUGCUUCACUAACCUCAAACAGCCGUUUUCUUUUUAAUGCCAAAUUUGAACCAAUCAUCCAGAAUGGUCAUGUACACAUACAGGGAAGUGUGCCUGUUACUUUUGUCCAGAAUAGCAUGUCUGAGGAAGAAAAAACUGAAACAGAACAAAGCAGGACACCCUUGGUCCCUGGCUGGUUGAAGGAAAGGGAUAAGGAGUCAACUGAUAAAGCUAGUGAGAAGAAAACCUUUAGAGAGAGAACAGAAGAAGGUUGGGAUGCUCAAUUAGCAGAAAGCCUCAAAGGCUUAGACUGGAACAUCUUAGAUGCAGGAGAAGUUAGAAUUGAUGCUGAUAUAAAGGAUGGGGGCAUGAUGCUGUUGACAGCAUUAUCUCCUUACGCAAACUGGGUUAACGGCAAUGCUGAUAUCACGCUUCAGGUUAGAGGCACAGUUGAACAACCUGUGGUUGAUGGAUCUGCAUCAUUCCACAGGGCAUCUAUAUAUUCACCAGUACUUAGAAAACCACUUACAAACAUUGGUGGCACUGUAAAUGUGGAAUCAAAUAAACUAUGCAUUGCAAUGUUGGAGAGCAGGGUAAGCAGAAGGGGAAAGCUGUUUGUAAAAGGGAAUUUGCCACUUAGAACAAGUGAGGCAUCCCUGGGUGAUAAAGUUGACUUGAAAUGUGAAUUUCUUGAAGUACGGGCAAAGAACAUUCUGAGUGGGCAGGUUGACACUCAGUUGCAGAUUACUGGUUCAAUACUGCAGCCAAACAUCUCAGGGAAUAUUAAAUUGAGCCAUGGAGAGGCAUAUUUGCCUCAUGAUAAGGGUAGUGGACCUGCACCUUUUAAUAGGUUGACAUCAAACCAGUCCAGGCUUCCAGGUGCUGGAAUCAAUCAAGCAGUUGCUUCCAGAUAUGUCUCACGGUUUUUCGGUUCUGAACCUGCAUUUUCAAGAACCAAACUCCCCCUACUCUCUGCUAAAUCAGCUGACGUAGAGAAGGAGAUGGAACAAGUAAACAUUAAACCAAGUCUUGAUGUCCGCCUUAGUGAUUUGAAGCUUGUUUUAGGACCAGAACUGAGGAUAGUUUAUCCUUUGAUUCUAAACUUUGCUGUUAGUGGGGAACUCGAGUUGAAUGGCCAAGCUCAUCCCAAAUGGAUUAAACCCAAGGGCAUUUUAACAUUUGAGAAUGGUGAUGUGAAUCUUGUUGCAACUCAAGUGAGGCUUAAGCGGGAACAUCUAAACCUAGCAAAAUUUGAACCUGAGUAUGGUUUAGAUCCAAUGCUGGACUUAGCUUUGGUUGGAUCAGAAUGGCAAUUCAGGAUUCAAAGUCGAGCCAGCAAUUGGCAGGACAAGUUGGUGGUGACCUCAACACGUUCAGUGGAGCAGGAUGUUCUCUCAACCACUGAGGCUGCUAGAGUAUUUGAGAGUCAAUUGGCUGAGUCCAUAUUGGAAGGUGAUGGCCAACUAGCGUUUAAAAAGCUUGCUACUGCAACACUUGAGACACUGAUGCCAAGAAUUGAAGGAAAGGGGGAGUUUGGUCAGGCCAGAUGGAGGCUAGUGUAUGCCCCACAAAUCCCUAGUCUGCUCUCUGUUGAUCCUACGGCUGAUCCUCUCAAAUCUUUAGCCAGUAAUAUAUCUUUCGGUACAGAAGUUGAAGUCCAGCUUGGUAAACGUCUGCAGGCCUCCAUAGUUAGGCAGCUGAAAGAUUCAGAGAUGGCUAUGCAAUGGACCUUGAUUUACCAGCUUACAAGUCGGCUACGUGUGCUCCUACAAUCUGCUCCUUCCAAACGCCUUCUUUUCGAGUAUUCUGCUACCUCGCAAGACUAACCCAUGAUCGUGCUUUUCUCUCUUUUUUUGCCAAACCUGCUAUCUGCCACCGGCCAGCUAAAACUGGGCCUGUAUGGGUAAAAGUUGCCUACCUUUGAAGUUGAAAGGAGAACAAAAGAGGUGUAAGGAAAGGGUAGUAGUUUUUGUCAUUAAAAUGUAGAGGUAGGUUUUUUUUUUUGGCCAAAAUAAAGGUAGGUUUUUUUGUUACUUAUUCUUUGCUGGGAAAAUUCCAUGAACUUGCUUAUGUUUUAUCUUUCAUCUUUGUACAGAUGUAUGUAUAAUAUAGAAUACCAUAGUUUCUUCAAGUGGAAAAUCAAUGGUAUUUCGUUUUUAAAUGUAA